UUGCAGUGUUCUCAUGGUUAGCUUUUUGGAUUCUGGAAUUUUCAGGGCACAAAUUGUGGGUUGGCCUCCUGUGAGAUCCUACAGGAAGAACACAUUGGCCACCACUUGUAAGAAUAGUGAUGAAGUUGAUGGGAGACCAGGUCCUGGGGCCAUGUUCGUAAAGGUCAGUAUGGAUGGUGCUCCUUGUCUGAGGAAAGUUGACCUGAGGAGCUACGCUAACUACGGGGAGCUUUCUUCAGCCUUGGAGAAAAUGUUCACCACUCUCACUCUAGGUCAAUGUGGAUCUAAUGGAGCUGCUGGGAAGGAUAUGCUUAGUGAGACCAAGCUUAAGGAUUUUUUAAAUGGAAAAGACUAUGUGCUCACUUAUGAGGAUAAGGAUGGGGACUGGAUGCUUGUUGGAGAUGUUCCAUGGGAGAUGUUUAUUGAUGUCUGCAAGAUGCUGAAGAUAAUGAAAGGAUGUGAUGCUAUUGGGUUAGCUGCAGCUCCGAGAGCAAUGGAGAAAUCGAAGAUGAGAGCUCAAAAGAUGGAACAUGACAAAAAUUUGCAUUGGAUUUUAAAAAUUUUCGUUUAAUUCGGUUUGUUCUUUAGUCUAAAAAUUAACUUAAAAAUAUAAUAAAACAGUAAUUUAAUCUAGAUUUAAUUCACAUUGUAAGUUUUGGUUUAUUCGACUUGGUUUUAGGCAGAGGGAUAUAAUCGGAAUAAUUUAAGAUUUUGCAGUCAGAAAGUGGAGAGAUCCGACA